AUGGGUCAUCGACUCGUCGGUGCCGUCACGAGCAGCACCAAGCUUUUUGUCAUUGCUGGCAGGCUGUUUCGUCUUGUCGGCUCAUUCGACCAACGCCCGUUGACACCCGCCGUCGCCAGCCUUUCCUACUACGGCACCACCAACGAGGCUGCCGAUCUUGUCCAGGAUGGCCACAGCAUGAACAAGCUUUCCAUGGUAGUGCUGCGACGAUGUUUAUUAAUUCGUUUUUUCUUUGGAUCUUCUGCCGUGUGGGUGAUGGGCAAUGUCGACCCCGUCGGGCAAAUGAAAUGGGUUGUCGUGCUGCAGGAUAGCGACAUGCCUUGA